AUGGGCAAGAAGGACGAGACCCCGGAGGAGAGGGCCGCCCGCAAGGAGAAGGAGAAGAAAGAGAGAAAAGGGGACAAGAAGGACAAGAAGGACAAGAAGGAUGAGACCCCCGAAGAGCGCGCCGCGCGCAAGGCGAAGCAGGCGGCCAAGAAGGCUGCCGAGGAGAAGGCUGCAGCCAAGCCCAAGCCCCGAGGUCCGCCUCCCGGCCGUCCGCCUCCCGUGCUGAAGGGCGGCAGGGGCGGCGGUGGCGGUGGCUACAUGGAUGACAUGGACUUGCCCUCCAGCGGCAGCGAAGACGAGACCGAGGCCAUCGUCAGGGAGGAGAAGGAGAUCGUCCUGGGCGUCAAGACGGAGAAGGAGGAGCGCAAGGCUCGCCAGAAGGAGCUAGAGGCUGCGCGCAAGGAGGCGAUCGCCAAGGAACUGGCCAUGCAGGAGGACGACGACGCGUUUACCAUCAGGUGCGCCAACCUCAGCGACGAGGCUAAGGAGCUCAUGGCCAACUCCAAGGACAUCAAGAUUGACGGCUUCAGCGUCGCCGCGAGGGGUAAGGAGCUCCUCAACAACACCAGCAUGACCAUCGUCCACGGGAGGAAGUACGGCCUCGUGGGUCCCAACGGCAUGGGUAAGACCACCAUCAUGAAACUCCUCGCCAGGCGCAAGCUCCCUGUUCCCGACUUUAUCGACAUCCUGCUGGUGGAGCAGGAGGUUGUCGGCGACGACCGAACCGCGCUCGAGUCUGUCGUCGCGGCGGACGUCGAGCUCAUGAACCUCCGCAAACGUAAGCUGGAGCUCGAGGCGGCGAUGGAACGGGUGGCCAAGGCGGAGGACAAGGGCGGCGAGGAUGGACACAAGGAGCGCGAGGCUGCGCUCGCCGAUGCCCUCGCCGCGUGCCAACUCAGCGACGACGCGGAGACCCAGGGCGGCCGACUCGGCGCGCUCGCCGUGAAGGCUGCGCGGGAGGAGGCUGCCGAGCUCACCGCCGAUAACUUCGACCUCGCCGACGAGCUGAACAAGACGUACGAGAAGCUCGACGAGAAGAACGACGCCACCGCGGAGGCGAGGGCGAGCAAGAUUCUCCACGGCCUCGGGUUCACCGUCGCAAAGAAGGACGGGACCCAGACGGGACCCGAGCGAUUCAGCAUGUUCAACACCACCAAGUCGUUCUCUGGUGGCUGGCGCAUGCGCAUCUCCCUCGCAAGGGCCCUGUUCAUCGAGCCGACGUGCCUGCUCCUCGACGAGCCCACCAACCAUCUCGACCUGAGGGCGGUGAUCUGGCUGGAGGAGUACCUGACCCGGUGGAAGAACACCCUGCUGGUGGUGUCGCACGACCGCGACUUCCUCAGCUCCGUCACCACCGACAUCAUCCACCUCCACGAUCAGAAGCUGGACCAGUACCGCGGCUCCUUCGACAACUUCGAGGAGAUGUACGAGCAGCGCAGACGGGAGGCGAACAAGGCUUACGAAAAGUACGAGAAGCAGAUCAAGCAGGCGAAAGCCGCGAAGGGCGGUCAGGCCAAGAAUAAGCAGCAGGAGGUUAAGAAUCAGGCGGCGAAGAAGUUGGAGAAGAAGAACCAGAAGAAGGGGGACAAGGGUAUGAUGCAGGACGACGACAACGACGGACGGGGAGACUCCUCAGCGCCCACCAAAUGGAACGACUACAACGUCGAGUUCCACUUUCCCACCCCGACAGAGCUUCCCCCACCGCUCAUCGGCCUCACCGACUGCCACUUCAAGUACCCCAAGCUCGAGGGCUUCGCGCUGGAGAACCUCAACCUGGGCAUCGACAUGGGCACCAGGGUGGGCAUCAUCGGUCCCAACGGCGCUGGUAAGUCCACGCUGAUGAACCUUCUCGCGGGCGACCUUGAGCCCACCGCGGGAGACAGCCGGAGGUCGCACAAGCUGCGCAUCGGGCGCUACUCCCAGCACUUCGUCGAUGUGCUGUCUAUGGAUGAAAACCCCGUGCAGUACCUGCUUCGCAGUUACCUCAAGCCGGAGGGCGGGAGCUACAAGCCGGAGGAGAUUCGCGCCAAGCUUGGAAAGUUUGGCCUCCCGGGCCACAACCACCUGACGCCAAUCGUGAAGCUCUCGGGAGGCCAGAAGGCUCGCGUGGUGUUCACCGCUAUCCAUCUCAGCAAUCCCCACAUUCUCCUCAUGGACGAGCCCACAAACCACCUCGACAUGCAGUCCAUCGACGCCCUCGGCGACGCCCUGGACGAGUUUGAGGGCGGCGUCGUCCUCAUCACCCACGACGCCCACAUCUGUAGCAAGGUUUUGGACAACGAGAAGAGCGAGAUCUGGGUAGUGGACGAGGGCAGGGUGGACAAGUUCGCAGGCGACUUCGAGGACUACAGGAACCAGCUCGUCAAGGAGAUCAGCGCGGAGCUGGACGACGACUAUUAA